CAAAAUGGCGGAAGGAACAGUUGCGAAAAAUAGAAACUUUUUCAGAUUUAUUUUACAAAAACUACCGAAACAGCAAGAACUGCAAAAAAUUAAAGCUUUCAAAUAUUGUAUAAAAUCGAAUUAUUUUUUCUGCCAUUUUAAUGGCAACCAUUUAAUCAUCAGCAGUUUCCAAAAUGCGGAAGCCAAAGUUGUAGAAGAUCUCGAACAUGUCAAAGGAUUUGCCCUACAAACUGAUGUGGAAAGUUUUAAAACUGGUAAAAUUGCUACCAUAAAUAAGGAUGGGGAGCUACUGGUUUAUGAAUACCAAGGAGACAAAUAUGUUGUACAAGAGAAGUUGGAUUUAAGAUCUGCCUUAACUAAAGUAAAUAUCACUGAGUUUGAGGCAUUAGAGUUGACAUCCUUCAAAAGAGAGAUAAUUACAGUAUAUAUAAACGAGAGUUAUCUGGUACAGUGUUCCAUUAAGGAUCAUCAAUGUGAUGUACUUUCUAACAUAACCUUACCUGAGACUACAAGUGAUGUCAACAAAUAUGUGAUUAUUGGUGGGGUCUGUACAGUUCUGGAUAUAACUGCUUCUAUGUUAUUAUUUUACAGUAUUGAUACGGGGAAAGAGAUAUCGAAGAUUGAUAUUAGACAACUAGAUAUAUCAUCAAUACAAGCAUGGACUAUGUCCGAUCAAUUUAAAUACCUCGCCCUGGUUCUCCAGUCUGGAGAUAUACACCUUGUAGAUCUUCACUCAUAUUGUACAACUUCUCCACAACAAGGGAGACAACCACAGAACAAUAAUUUCCCAUCAUAUCUUAACACAUGCCAGUACGGAGAUAUUCCUUGGAGGGAGAAGUUAUUAUCUAUGCAUUCAAGUCACAAGAGUAAUCAAAUUCAUGCACCUCAACCAUCCACUCUUAACAUUACUAAAAGAAAACAGUAUAAACAUACGGGAUUCCGAUCUUCAAGCAAGAUAGACGCAGAUAAUAUUCAGUCAUAUGUUAGUGUUAUACAUACAGCAGAAAGUGUACACGGAUACAGUGUAGAUGAUAUUUACAUAGAUGAGAAGAUGAUCUAUGUUGUGUAUUGUUACAAUAACACAUAUGUAUUGUGUCACAUUGAACUUUCUUCACAUACAUGGAACAUGUUCAGGUUAAAUGAGGGUGAGAAGAUAGUUUUGUCAAGAGAUGCAAGUUUACCACAUCUAGUUAUAACAGACCAUCAUCUUACAGGGAUCAUUAUGAGGACAGAAAUGGAUCAGGAACAGUUUGUUAAUGAGCUGAUGAUAUAUGGUGGAGCAUCAUUAGUGGAUACAGUGUGUCAGUUAAAUAGUUGGGGUCGUUCCUCUAUGCCAAUACAUACACUUGAAGUGGGUCUCAAACACCGUCAGCUUGAUACUGUUACAUUCUUCUUGAAGAGUAAAGAAAAAAUUUUUACAUCAACACAUUCGGCAUUUGUUAAACAUAAGGGUGGUGUGAACGUCCCUACAGGAGAGUCCUUCAUGAGUCACUUAGAUGUCGUGCAGCAGUUAGAACCGGCUGUAACUGUGAUACUCGACACUGUACGAGGCACGGUAGGGGAUAACCAUUCUCAUUCAUUUGGGAAGGAUGUUCUAGAUAGCUGCAUAGACUUCCUGUACGAACUCCUCCUUGAUAGUUUAACGGUCUCCCUGUCUGUGACAUCAGAGCAAGAAAAUACAGACUUACAACAUUCCACAGAGAAAUUGCUAGAGUACAUAGAGAGGACAAGAGAAUGUAUAAGAAAGUUCGAGGGCAGAAGUUUGAUGAGUCGCAGUGAGAGUACGUCCCUCACCAGCGCGUCACCGGCAUCGCCAACUUCACCAACCUCACUGACCACAACAACUUCUGAUAGUCUUACACAAAAUAACCAGUCACUGUUCACACAAUGGGACCAAAUGGACAUAGAG